UCAAACGCCACUAAUCAUAGUGCCAUUUGAGCGAAAGUAGGAUAUCCUACAUAGGCUGUUAAAUGCAUGGAUUGCGCCUUUUCGAGACGAAAAGUGUAUCAAAGUGUGUGAAUGUGUAGCCUAUUAUGGGUUAUUUUAAAUCAUGCGUCAUAGCUACAUUAGAAAGACUAGAAUACACCGACAGUAAUUUUUCUGCGCCUGCAAGCAGCUGGCUGGUGUCCUUUCAGCUCAAGCAAAGCACACACUGCUGAGUAGUUUAUACGAUUUAGUGGUUAAACACACUAUUAAAAUGUACAUGUGUGUGUUUAUUGUGUGUGUUAUUUUAUAUCAUACGUUGUAGAUCGGGAGAAAAAGCACAGGCUACACCGACAGUAAUUCCUAGGCAUCCUUAAGCGAAGACACCACGUGACCAAAUGCGGGGCGGGCGAACUACAAGCCAUUUUGGGUAGGCUACGGUGUCAGUUUCCACAGAGCACACACACACACACACACUGCUGCAUUUUACUGGGGUGAAGCGGAUAUUUUGGAGGCAAAGUUAUCGGUGCCUAAGUGGGAGCCUUCCCGAGACGAAGCCGGAGGACUGGUCUCUCUCGAAGCCGCGGAUCGGAUACGCUCACAGCGCGCAAGCGGCGAGGAAAAGAGGAGUUUUAUUUGCACAUCUGAAAUGCGCUCCGGUCCGCCGUGCGCUCACUGCCACUGACAGCGUCUGCAGCCUGCUUCAAGAUGGCGGCUCGGCUCCUAUUCAUUUUCUGCUGAUCGCCUCCCAACUUUCAUUGUCUAUUCGCCUCAAGACCCACCGAUUCCCAGCCGAGCCUCCAGGAUUGCUGUUCCUUUCUCUCAACAUGCAUCGGACGACCAGGAUAAAGAUUACUGAGCUCAACCCUCACCUCAUGUGCGUCCUGUGCGGAGGAUAUUUCAUAGACGCAACGACCAUCAUCGAAUGUCUCCACUCAUUUUGCAAGAUGUGCAUUGUGCGCUACCUGGAAACCAGCAAAUACUGUCCCAUCUGUGAUGUACAAGUGCAUAAAACCAAGCCUCUGCUCAACAUUAGGUCUGACAAAACUCUACAGGACAUUGUGUACAAACUGGUGCCCGGGCUCUUCAAAAAUGAAAUGAAGAGGAGGAGAGACUUUUAUGCGGAGCACCCCGUAGAUGCGUCUAAUGGAUCAAAUGAGGAUCGUGGAGAGGUGGCAGACGAGGACAAAAGAAUUAUCACAGAUGAUGAGAUCAUCAGCCUCUCUAUUGAGUUCUUUGAUCACAGCAGACUGGGAGGUGCAGUGGAGGACAAGCAGUCUAAAGAUCAGAAUAUGGUGGCUAACAAGAGGUACCUGCAGUGUCCAGCAGCCAUGACAGUCAUGCAUCUGAGGAAGUUUCUGCGCAGCAAAAUGGACAUCCCAAAUGCCUACCAGGUUGAAGUCAUGUAUGAAGAUGAACCUCUGAAAGAUUACUACACGUUAAUGGAUAUAGCAUAUAUCUACACUUGGAGAAGGAACGGCCCGUUGCCGCUUAAGUACAGAGUCCGACCUAACUGUAAGAAGAUGAAGGUGAGCCACGCGCAGCAGGAAGGCCAGAACAGCGCGAGCAGAUCCGGUCCCGAGAGCGAUUCUGCCAGCGACAAAGCCGGAAGUCCCGCCGGGGCUCCGUCCACGUCCUCGUCGCUGCCGAGCCCCGGCACGCCUGCGCAGUCCCCGCACCCACAGCUCCCUCACGGCCCCAUUAACGUCAACGGGACACCGACCGCCGCCCCUCCGACCCCCAGCCGGCCCUUCACUCAGUUCGGCAGUGGUAGCAGCGGCGGCAACAAGCCCCGGAAGGUUUCUCUGAACGGCUCUUCGACCUCCUCCGGAUGACGCGGGGCUCCGAACCGGACCAGCCAACGCCAGACACCCGCUCAGCUAAUAGGCCUACUGUUUUCAUGCCAACGUAGUUCCAUUGUGUAGACAAUGUUAUCUCUCUUUCUCUCUCCAUUUGUUGUUCUAAAUAUUAUGGCAUCAUGUAAGUUUAAACGUAGUGGAAUCAGAGACAUUUCAAAAUAAAAGGAAUGAGGAAGUUGGGUGGCAUGGGACGUUUUUAUAAUAGGCCUAUGAAAGCAGAUUUUGAUGUUGACAAAAAAAAAGAAAGUUGGAAAGGAGAAGGACAUGCAUUUAGCCUAUCCCAUUUUAAAGCUACAUCUUUAUUUUACAGAAGUGAAUGAAGAUAUACUUUUAUAUUUUCUUUUACGAUUUUCUAAACGUGUGUAGGCCUAUCAUGAUUAUUUCAUGUGUGUAACUUGGGAUCUUUUGAAACUGUCAGUUUAAACAUGCAUGCUCAUGAUAACACUUUUUCUUUAAUGAAAGAGGAUUCUGCGUGUUUGCCAAGUCUCAUUUUGACGGGUUAUUGGAAGUGUUUCAGGCAAUGAUCUUGUUCCAACAUAAGGAACACGAGUUUGCCUGGCACUGUUGGCUUCAUGGAAAACAUGGCUCUGGGGGGAAAAAAUGCCUUUUACUGGAAAAAAAAACAAACAAACAACUGUUUCUUGUAGCUGCAGUGGAAUCGGAUUGCUUAUCCUCCACUAUCUUUAACACGUUAUAAGCAGUUUUAGAGAAUCAACGUGUAAAUAGAAACAAAAUGCAUAUUUAAUCAGCGAUGAUGUUAUUCUCUUAUUCCCCUUUUGUUCUGAGGGGAUGACUUGGGCUCCUGUUCAGCUCCAUUUCAUGCUCAAUGACAGAUGUUUUGAUGUCUCCCGUGUUUUCCGUAUUUUGUAUCGCUCGAUUGUAUGGACAACUUAUUGUAUUGUUACUGUUGCACAGUAUAAAACAUCUAAAUAAAACAUUUUACACUUAAA